AUUGUCACUAGUGUUUGGUUGAUAAGUCCGCCUAUUUUCUGUUGAAAAUAGCCGAAAAUGAUCGGCGUUCGACUAAAUACGUUCAGCGACAACUCUGGCGAACCAGAGCAAGAUGCUAAUUCAGCACUAACUGAGCUAGACAAAGGGCUCAGAUCAGGAAAAGUGGGUGAACAAUGCGAAGCGAUAGUCCGCUUUCCGCGUCUCUUCGAAAAAUACCCAUUCCCAAUACUCAUAAACUCGUCAUUUCUGAAACUUGCCGAUGUCUUUCGAAUGGGCAAUAAUUUUCUUCGCUUGUGGGUACUGCGGGUGUGCCAGCAAAGCGAGAAGCAUUUGGACAAGAUCCUGAACGUUGAUGAGUUUCUAAGACGAGUAUUUAGUGUUCUACAUUCAAAUGAUCCUGUAGCAAGGGCGCUCGCUCUUCGGACGCUCGGAGCGGUGGCUGGAAUUAUUCCAGAGAGGCAGAAUGUACACCAUGCUAUUAGGCGAGGACUGGACAGCCAUGACAAUGUGGAGGUUGAGGCUGCUAUUUAUGCUACUACCAGAUUUGCAGCACAUUCCAAUGCCUUUGCAGUAGCCAUGUGCAACAAGUUAUCGGACAUGGUGGAAUGCGAGAGCACGGGCGCAGAGCGACGCGCCAAGCUCGUGAGGGCCUUACGGACUGUUCAUGGAGGAGCUGUUCGUGCGGGUGGCGUCCUGAAACUGCUCCGUUCGCUCUUGGAACGGUUCCCAUCAUCAAGUUCGGUGCGCGCGGCUAUCUCCGCGCUCACCGCCAUUGCACAUGACACUGUAGUCCAUGUGCCUGAUCAGGUGGAACUGCUCCUCAGUAUAGCCACAAACGACGCCCGAUCAUCCGUCCGUCGGGCCGCCCUACUAGGGCUAAAAACUUUAGCCCAACACGCAGCCCUAUGGCCUGCUGCCUCCGUCCAAGCUUUAGUUCGAACAGCCGCCGAUGCAGACCCUAAACACACCAUGUUAUGCCUCGAGGUUAUGCAGAUCCUGGUGGAGUGCCCGGCGGUGAUCGCCGACGCAGCCGGCUCGGCGCAGCGCGCCCUGCGCGAGCUGUGCGCGCGCGCCGCGCUGGACAGCGCGCUGCGCCCCGCCGCCACCGCCGCGCACGUGCUCACCCGCCGCGCCGUGCACUGUUACGAAGAAGGCAUACCUGUGGAAGGCGCCGAAUUAAUGCUUGCCCUAGAGAAUAUAGUUAUUGCGACGGGCGUACCGGACGGACAAGAUAACAUACGACCGUUGCGUAUGGCUCUACGUUGUUUGGUACAACUAUGCAACGCAGCACCAGUCGAAUACGCACCCAGAACCGGGCGACUUUUGACUUCUCAACUUCGAGCAACUGGUUGGCGACAAGGGGGGCCUAGAGCUUUAGCCUUAUUGGAGGCUUUAGGGGCCCUAGGGGGAGGCACUCAUGGGGCCCUGACACUUACAUUGACUGAUCUUAUGGAUGGGGCUGACAUAUCAGAGCCAGUCGAAGACGGAACAGCGCUAGUUCUCCUCUGUACAGUAAUAUUCCAGGAACGAGCCGCCAAAGCGCUCAAAUGCAAGAUAAACGGCGCGUGGCAGGAGAAAAUUAAGGAAGCUAUCAGUAGCGCUGAUGGGUGGACGAAAUAUAGAGUGGCUAGAGCUGCAUUGCGAUAUGGGCACCACCGGCUAGCGGCCCAUGUGUUGGAAGGGUUGUUGGGAGCAGCGAGUUCCGAGGCCACUCAGCGCUGGUUGGCAUCUCUACACCGCGCUGCUAAAGCGGACGCAGAGCUUGUUGAACAAGGUAUAACGGGGCUGGAGGCCGCCGCGUCGUCGUGGGAGGUGGCGGGCGGCUGGGGCGGCGCGGGCGCGGCGGGCGGGGGCUGCGCCGGCUGCGCGGGCUGCGCCGCCUGCACGCCGCUCGCCGGCGCCUGGAUCGCGGCGCGCGCGCAGGCGCUGGCCACGCUGGCCCGCACGGCGGACAGGGCCAGAGUGCUGUGCACCCAGCCCCCACCCGCAGUGGCACAGGCAUCAAGGUCGCCAUGCGCCGCAGCGGGCGCAUGCGCGGCGGCGCUACGCAAAGCGGCGCGUUCGGCGCGCGCUGUGGCGGAGCGGUACGCGCACAUAGCCAGGACGGCUUUCCACGCUGAUGAGGCCACAUUGACACAUCUGCAAAUUUCGCAGCACACUUUCACGCAGCUGUCGGAGUUCCUGGAGCGGCUCACGGGGCAGGCGGCGCCGCGCGCGCUGUUCGUGCCGGCGCUGCGCCCCGCCAGCCUCGACGAGAAGAUUGCGCUCGCGCCCGCUGAAGCCAUCCUCAACAUUUCCAACAAGCUCUUUGACGACCCCACUACGGGCAACGGGAUCACACAUCGACACGCGGCGGGCGUGCUGGCGGCGGUGCGCGCGGCCGGCGCCGGCGCCGUGUGGCCGCGCGCCGUGUGCGAGGCGCGCGCGUGCGGCGCGCUCUGCAGGCUGUCGCUCACGCCAGGAGGCCGCGGCGCCGAGCAGGCGGCGGCGCUGCCGCACACGCACCACCUGGCGCUGAAGGCCGAGGGGGUCAUCCUGCCGCCGCCGAGAGGCAAGUCGCGGCCGCCGCGCCAGGUGAAGCUGGUGCAGCUGACCGUCACCGCCACGCCGCACCCGCGCUCCAACGAGAAGACGGUGGAGCUGACCAACGUGCCUCCGGUCCUGUCCGCUGUGCAGGCCGUGGCGCCGCUGCGAGACUUCUUCUCGGCGCAGCAGCUCGUGGCCGUGGCGGCGCCCGGGCUGUACACGGUGGCCGUGGAGGCUGCCUUCGUGGACCAACAUGGCGCGCUCUGGAACACUGGGCCUAGGACCUCUAUUGUCAUUAAAGCUCACGAGGACUCCAGUGCAAAGGGUAAUACGCAAACUGCUAGAGGAAGAUUUUGAGAAAGCCGAAGUAAUUUUUUUUAAUUAUUUAUGUAUAAGUAAAUAUAAGGUUUUUGACCGUAAAAUAUUAA